CCCAUGACGCCGCCGCCCUCCCCGCCGCCGCCGGCCGCCGCGGACGCGCUCGCCCAGAUCCUGCACGCCCUGCUCCCGCCGCUCCUCCUCGCCGCCGCGUCCGCCAACGCGCUCCACUCCCGCUGGCGCGCGCUGCACGCCACGCUGCUCGCGCUCCACUCCUCUCUUCUCUCCGCGCCCGCUCCCGCCGCGGGCCACCCGCUCUUCGCCGAUCUGCUCGCCUCGCUGCUCCCGGCGCUCCGCUCCCUCCACGCGCUCUCCGCGCGCUGCCAGGACCCGGCCCUCCCCGGCGGCCGCCUGCGCCUCCAGAGCGACCUCGACAUCGCCGCCUCCUCGCUCUCGCUCCUCCUGCACGACCUCUCGCUGCUCCUCCGCUCGGGCCUCCUCUCCCUCGACUCCUCCUCCGCGUCCUCCCCCAACGCCAUCGUGCUGCAGGUCCCCGCCGCGGCCGCAUCCCGCGCCGACAAGUCGCUCUUCAUCAGGGACGCCUUCGCGCGGCUCCAGAUCGGGGGUCUCGACCUCAAGCUCAAGGCCCUCGCCUCGCUGCUCGAGCUGCUGGGCAACGACGACGCCACCGCCGAGGCCGCGAACAUCGUCGCAACCGAUGGGGAUGUGGCCGCGCUGCUCCGCAUGCUCGACGCGUCCGCUCACUCGGCGCUGCGGGACCGUGCGGCGGCGGUCGUGGCCCUUCUUGCCACCGCCUGCGCUGCAUCCAGGAAGGCGGUGUUCGACGAGGGUGGCCUUGGCCCCCUCUUGCGCGUGCUCGACUCUGGCUCGGUGCCGGCCACCAGGGAGCACGCCGUGGUGGCCGUCGAGGCCAUCACCGCCGACGCCGGCAGCGCGUGGGCUGUAUCCGCAUAUGGAGGGGUGUCCAUCUUAAUCAACGCGUGCCGUCCCGGCUCGGGGUCCCUGGCUAUGCAGGCGCUCGCUGUAGCAGCGCUCAAGAAUGUGAUCUCCAUCGACGAUGUGCGCGCAGCAUUGGUCGAGGAGGGCGGGCUACCGGUUCUAGUUGAUCUACUUGCAAGCGGCAGCACGGACACGCAGAGGAGUGCUGCUCUAUGCCUGUUGUCGAUCGCGUCCUUUGGCGACCUCGAGAUGAAGCAACAGAUUGUACAAGAUGGUGCGUUACCGCCGCUGCUGCAGGCUCUGCACAUCACCACUGAUCUGGACCUUCAGAACUCUGUCCUACAUGCUAUCCACGAGCUCGCAGCGGUCCCUGCCGCCGCCAGGACCCUGUGCUCAUCGCCCCUGUUCUUCGCGCAGCUUACAGACCUCAUGCGCCGAGGUGGUAGCGUACUGUUGCAGCAAAUGGCUGCAGAUAUGGUUGCUGACCUUGCGCCUGGCGUGAGUGAUGACACCAAGCGGUGUAUGGCACCAUGUGUUGGCACGCUUGUGAAGAUGAUGGAGGUGGCUAAGCCCGCAUCUGUACAGGAGUCGGCUGGCCGUGCAUUGCUUGCUUUGAUGACCUUGAAAUCUAACAGGAAGGAAUUUGUCAGGGAUGAGAAGAAUCUGACAAGGCUAGUGCUGAUGCUUGAUCCCCGGAAUGAGGAGAUUGACAAAAAGUACCCAGUCUCAAUACUUCUAGCACUUGCCAUGGGUGGUGGGAAUGGAACGCGGCGACGGCUUGCAGAUUCUGGGGCUUGCCAGCAUCUACACAAGCUGGCUGAUGCUGAGGUGCCUUGUGCAAAGAAGGCUUUGCAGAGGAUAUCCAGCAAUCGAUUCAAAACCUUACUUUCCAGAGGAUGGAAUAUCUAGUCCAUCUGCUGCAUUGGGCUGAAGAAAGCCCAGAUGUGGAGAGCUUCUAAUUGUAAAAGAAAGCCUAAGUAUUUAAUUAGGAGGCAUCAUACAAGGACACCGAGGAAGAGACCAGGGGAGUUCUCUGUUUCUUCGCGGCCAAAAGGUGCACAGUAGCAGCUAUCACUAGUAUAUUGACAAGAUAGAAGCAUGGAUGCGGCAUUUUAGAUUGUAUCCUUGAGCUUUUAUGUUUGCCCUUUCUUAUUUCUUUAUUUUUGUUGUCUGUUCCUAUCUUUAACCCUCUUUUCUUUUCAUUUUCUUCAUUUAUUCCUCACCCGACUUGUGAAGUAAUUGUUUGUGUGUUGAUUUGGAAUGAAGCAAGUGUUUGAUCCAGUGUCU